CGGGGCCGCGAGCAGGAAGUGGGAUACGGGAGGCUCGCGGCGCGCUGGCCAGCGGGUUGCAUCCGCCACUUCGCGGCGUCCCUACAGUCGCUGGGGCGAUGGAGGGGCCGGGCCUAGGCUCGCAGAAUGGACGCAUCCUUGAGAAGAUGGCAAUCUCUAGAUACAGAUGAGAACACUGACGCUGUCUCCAGUUGGAUGCAGGAAUCACAGCCAUGGCCCCCACCCUUCAGGAUUUGGUCGACAUGGAGUCUGUGCACAUGAAAACAAAGAACUUGCCAAGGCAAGAGAAGCUCUUCCUCUUAUAGAGGACUCUAGUAACUGUGACAUUGUAAAAGCUACUCAAUACGGGAUUUUUGAACGAUGUAAAGAAUUGGUAGAAGCAGGAUAUGAUGUCAGGCAACCAGACAAAGAAAAUGUGUCGCUUCUUCAUUGGGCUGCUAUUAACAACAGACUGGAUCUUGUAAAGUUUUAUAUUUCAAAAGGUGCUGUGGUAGAUCAGUUGGGUGGAGAUUUAAAUUCAACUCCUCUUCACUGGGCCAUCAGACAAGGACAUUUACCCAUGGUCAUAUUAUUACUGCAGUAUGGUGCAGACCCCACCCUCAUCGAUGGAGAAGGAUUCAGCAGCAUCCACUUGGCAGUAUUAUUUCAACACAUGCCCAUUAUAGCGUAUCUCAUCUCAAAGGGACAGAGUGUGAAUAUGACAGAUUUAAAUGGGCAAACACCUCUCAUGCUAUCAGCUCACAAAGUACUUGGGCCAGAACCAACUGGAUUUCUUUUAAAGUUUAAUCCUUCUCUCAAUGUGGUUGAUAAAAUACACCAAAACACCCCACUUCACUGGGCAGUGGCAGCAGGAAAUGUUACUGCAGUUGAUAAACUUUUGGAAGCCGGUUCUAGCUUGGAUAUCCGAAAUGUUAAGGGAGAAACACCUCUUGAGAUGGCUCUACAAAGUAAAAAUCGGCUCAUUAUUCACAUGCUAAAAACAGAAGCCAAAAUGAGAGCUAACAAAAAAUUCAGACUUUGGAGGUGGCUACAGAAAUGCGAGCUCUUCCUGCUGCUGAUGCUUUCUGUGAUUACCAUGUGGGCUGUUGGAUACAUACUGGACUUCAAUUCAGAUUCUUGGCUUUUAAAAGGAUGUCUUCUAAUAACAUUGCUUUUUCUGACAUCUUUGUUUCCAAGGUUCUUGUUUGGGUAUAAGUGCCUUGUGUACUUACCAACGGUCUUUCUGCUAAGUUCCAUUUUUUGGAUAUUUGUGACUUGGUUCAUCUUAUUCUUCCCUCAUCUGGCAGGCACUCCUUUCUAUUUUGUUUUUAUUUUCAGCAUAAUAGGCUUCCUCUAUUUUUUCUAUAAGACUUGGGCAACGGAUCCAGGCUUCACUAAGGCUUCUGAAGAAGAAAGGAAAACGAAUAUCAUCACCCUCGCAGAGACUGGCUGUCUGGACUUCAGGACAUUUUGUACAUCGUGUCUUGUAAGGAAGCCACUAAGGUCACUCCAUUGCCCUGUGUGCAAAUCCUGUGUGGCUCGAUACGACCAACACUGCCUGUGGACUGGACGGUGCAUAGGUUUCGGCAACCAUCGCUAUUACAUAUUCUUCUUAUUUUUCCUUUCCGUUGUGUGUAACUGGAUUAUAUAUGAAUCUUUCAUGUAUUGGUCAAAUCAUUGUGCCACAACAUUCAGAGAAGAUGGACUAUGGACCUACCUCAAUCAGAUUGUGGCUUGUUCUCCUUGGGUUUUAUAUAUCUUCCUGCUGGCAACUUUCCAUUUCUCAUGGUCAUCAUUUUUAUUAGUAAAUCAACUCUUUCAGAUUGCUUUUCUGGGCCUGACCUCCCAUGAGAGAACCAGCCUGCUGAAGCAGAGCAGGCAUAUGAAGCAGCCAUUGUCCCUCAGGAGGACACCAUACAACCUUGGGUUCACCCAGAACCUUGCAGAUUUCUUUCAGUGUGGCUGCUUUGGCUUGGUGAAGCCCUAUGCAGUAGAUUGGACGUCACAAUACACCAUGGUCUUUCACCCAGCCAAGGAGAAAGUUCUUCGCUCAGUAUGAAGCAAAGCAGCCCAAAGCUCUCACUCUGAUUUGUUUGUGUUUAUGUUCACGCCCUGUGGUGUAAAAGUGAAGAUUUAGAGUUCACCUAAGCCCAGAGGAAACACAGGUGGUUUUUAAAGCCAUUUGGUGAAAACAGAAGUUGUCGAUAAAGGCAUUAUACUUUUUUUAGAGUUAACAAGAGCAGUCUUGGCAGACAUCUAAAAAAAAAAAACUUUUAUAUUUUUUACAAAUGCAAGUUACUUUUGGGGGGGAUAAUAUUCACUAAUUAUGGAUAAAAUGUGUUAUUUUCAGAUACUUUAUUGGCUGUUUCAAAAUAGUCUGUUCUUUAAACUUGUAAUUUUUGAUAAAUUAUUUGUCUUUGUUUUAUCUAUAAAUAUGUAAAAAUAUUUAAAUAGAUAUACUGUUUUGCUUUCACACUUAAUAAAAAAAAUUUUUGUAGUUCUUUUGUAGUU